GCUAGUUCCUGCAUUAUCGUCAUCAUCAAGUGACCGUUCAGCUCACCACCCCAGAUUCAAAAUACAACGUUGUUUCUUCUGGUUUGUUUCUUCCUCAUUUCUACAAGACACCAUUUUCAUUGGCAUGAAAAAUUCUUGUUCUUCGUAUGAAAAAAUGGGGUACUCAAAUGCACCCAGGGCGUACUACUCCACUCUGCACGAUUCAAUCACCUCUCUAUGCAAGACCAUUCUUCCGUUGGGCCUCAAGAAAAAGUGUUUGGUUUCCGCAGAGCACACACUGUGGAAACUUCAAUCCGACAACCUCAAAUGGCAGCAAGACUCUCUCCAUCAGAUUCUCAACUUGAUGGCUCUACACAAAGAUGACAUCCUCUCUGAAGAUGAGGUUUCGGCUUUCAGGGCCCAUUUGCUUGAUACCCUUCUUGCUUCUCCCCCUCCAGAACAGGAUCAUGCCUCCAUCAUCAAAGACAAGCUUAUGUUCUUACAGGAACUUCUUCAUGCCAAAUGCAUUUCUGAAGGAGAGUAUCAAUCUUCAAGGAGGCCUUUGCUUGUGAGAUUGGCAGUUCAAGGAGGUGAGAUCGAAGGCAGGGAAGUGAUCAGUGCAGGGCUGACAGACACCAGAGAAAAUCCUGAGGAAGAAUGGUCAGAUAUUGACUUGAAGGAUGAUCAGUGCUUGAUGAACAAAGAUAAUUCAAAUUCCAAGAAGACAUCAAAGCAGCCAAGGAAGCAGGUUAUGAAAGGAGCAACCUCGGUUUUAAGCUUUGGAUCUCCUUUCAAACCUGGGAAAAACUCGAUGGAGAAGAGCAUAUUCAAUUCACCUACUUUGCACAUGCACUCAACGCAAUCAAAAGUCUCUUCUCCCUCUAUCUUUACCCAAAGUGAAUUGAGGCAUCCUAAGGAAAACAAACCCUUCGGGGAUGGAUCAGAGAAGAUGAAGAGGAAGCCAUUUAGAGCUCUAUUUCAUAGGGAUAAAAAUAAGAAAGAGGGGCAUGGUGGUGGAGAUCAUCAUGGUCUUGAGGCAGAGAAAUCAGCAAAAAACCAAUGGGGGUUUGAUGGGUUGAGGAAAGGCAAGAAAAGUGACACAGAUGAUGACACAGUUCCUUUGUCUCUAAAUGAGAGGUCUGAUAGUGAGGCCUACUUCUAUCAGCAUUUUUCAAGAGCACACGAUGAGGUGUCUCUGAUGAACAAGUUGCAGCCUGAUCAAUCACCAUCUGUUUUUUCCGUGGAUGACAAGGUUUUGGAGGACUAUGUAAAGAAGGAGCUGUCAAGAAUGCCUACAGAAAUGAGGAGCGCAAACACAAAUCUCAACUUCUCACCAAGAUUUGACCAGCAGAGUGAAGAAGAGGUGAAGAAACAAUUGAAAAACAGUGUUGUUGAAAUGGAAAACAGGCACAAUAAUGCAGAAGUGAAACAUGAAAACUCGAUGGGAUGGACAACAUUUGAAGACGAGGAAAAUCUUCACCCUAACCUUUUUGUUCACCAUGGUAAAUCAUUGCAAAGCCUUAGCAACAAUCCAUUUCUUCUUCAUGGUUAGAGUAAGUGGAUCAUCUCACCAGAACCAGCAAAAGUGUUAUCGUUUGAAUUAUUUGUAUAAUAUAUGUGUUUAUAUUUAUACCAUAAUGCGGUCUCUCCUAAACAAUAUUUAUAUUUUACAUAGGAAAAAAUAAAUUUAUCCUCCUAUAUUAAUAGAAAAUCACUCAAUUGAUUCAAAGUUUUAAAAGUUUAGUUUUUUUCUUACCCAAAGUUUAGUUUUUUUUUCAUCUAAAUUAUAUGCACGCAACUAACCCCAAAAUUCAUGCUGAGAGACCCAAAUCCAACAAAAUGUAUUAUGGAACUUCAUGUAAACAGAGUUUAUUUUUGUUAUAUAAUAGAAGAAAAGUUGAUAA